CCAUCCUUGGGCAAUUUUUUCCAAAGCACAGUGGAAAAAAGCUGUUAGUACUGCCAUUUUUUCAUUCAAUCAUUCUUCAUCUACUUUUCUGAACAAGUGAGUAGAGUGGUGUUACUUGCUUCUAUCACAACAAAAAAAAAAAUCUGAGUUUGAUUUUCCAUUUUGCAUUUGAGAGUAAUUCAAAGAUGACUAUAGGUGAGACCAUCUUCUCUGCGUUUCUUCAAGCACUGUUUCAGCAGCUGAUGUCUCCUGGAGUAAUAAGUGGGUUCUUGAAACUUUUUGGUGGUGAAAAUUUACCAAAAACUAUCAAAAAGUGCAAAGAUCAGCUGACUGUCAUGGAAACGCUGCUAAGGUCUGCCGAGCAGAAGGAGAUCGAUGACGAGGUUGUUCGGCCAUUGAAGGAGGAUCUUCAAGACAUAGCUCUUGACUUGGAAGAUAUCUUGGACGAGUUAGCUACUCAAGCUCAUGUUUAUGAAUUGGAGAAAAUGGAUCAGGAAGAUGAUAAUAAUGAUCAUCAACUCAAUCCUACUAAUCAUGUCUCUGAAUUCCUUGGCUCAUCAGCAAAUCAUAUGGUGAAAAACAUUAUUGGUAGAGCUGCAGAAAGUGUCUCCACGCUGUUCAACCCCAUUGCCAGCAUUCCAUCAAGGCUGGAUGGCAUUACAGAACGGUUGCACGAUCUUCAGCUGCUGCUACAGUUUUCUGGUCUCUCAGCAAUACAUGCCAUGCCACAGCAGACACACCAAGCUGAAUCUUCUCAUCGCAGUCGAGAAACAAGUUCUUUAUUAGGUGAGCGAGUGGUUUAUGGCAGAGAUAACAAGAAGAAUGAGAUAAUUCAACAGUUACUAGAAGAAAAUCAACAAAGUUCUGAGAACUAUGUUGUGAUUCCUAUUGUUGGAAUGGGAGGCAUUGGGAAGACGACUCUUGCACAGUACGUAUACAACGAUGAGAAGCAACUCAAGGGUCACUUUGAUCUCAAGGCUUGGGUGUGUGUGUCAGAUGUGUUUGAUGUAACACGCAUAACCAUAGCAAUCAUCAACUCUGUCUCUUAUGAAACUCUUGCUGCCUCUAUUAGCCUAAAUCAAGCACAAGAAAAGUUGAAGCAAGUGCUAGCAGGCAAAAAGUUCUUGAUCGUUCUUGAUGACGUUUGGAGUGACAAAUAUGCUGACUGGCACCAGCUACAGGCACCUUUCCAAGACGGGGCAAAAGGGAGUAGAGUUAUAAUGACUACACGAAAUGAGAUGAUAGCAAGGAUGAUGAUUAAAGAUCGGAUUCAUGGCAAUGUCGUCAAUUUAGAAGCAUUGUCCAAUGAGGAUUGUUGGCAUCUAUUUCAGCAACAUGCAGAUCACGAUCCUGACCUUGUUGAGAUGCAGGAUGAUAUUAUAGAGAAGUGCAAAGGAUUGCCUUUGGCUGUGAAAACUCUAGCAGGUCUUUUGAAAAGUACAGGGGAUAAGAGGCAGCGCCAAGAAAUACUAGAUAGCAAUCUUUGGAGUCAGAAGGGUGAUCUUUUACCAGCACUGAUGCUGAGUUACCGUCAUCUGCCACCGCAUCUAAAGCAUAUCUUUGCUUAUAUGUCCAUAACUCCCAAAGAUAUGAAAUUUUCUGAGGAGUUUAGCGUCUUAGAGUGGAUGGCUCAGGGAUUUCUAACCGAAAAUAAAACGUCUAGAAUGGAAGAUAUAGGUCACAACUACUUCCUUGAUCUAGUCUCUAGGUCAUUAAUUGAGAAAGAUUGUGGAGAAAAAGAUUGGUUCAUUAUGCAUGAUCUAAUCCAUGAUUUGGCUCAAUGGGCUGCAGGGGACCUAUGUUGUAUAAUUGGCCCUGGGAAUAUGCCAAGAGAUCUUAAAAGAACUCGCCAUUUGUGUAUCACAAAGUAUCCUUCAGAUGGAACAUUGGGAAGUCAACUCUCUGCUUCUCAAUUGCGAACUUUUAUGAUGUUUGAUGACAAUCCAAAUAUCGAAAUUCUGGAUUUACUCCAAAAAUUUCAAUAUGUACGCACUCUAUACCUCAAGUCAAGAAUACUUGAAGAGUUGCCGGAGUGUAUAGGUGGUCUGAAACAGUUGCGAUGUGUCUGUAUCAGAUUAAGAAAAAUAAAAGUAUUGCCAAAAUCAAUUAGCAGACUCAUCAACCUCCAAGCACUGAACUUGGAUGAGUGUGAUAAUCUUGAGGAGAUCCCACAUGUUGGGUUUCUGGUAAAACUUCGUCUUUUGCGCUUUACAAUGACCUCUUUGAAAGAGAUGCCACUGGGAAUAGGGAGACUGACAAGCCUGCAGACUUUAGAUAGGUUUGUGUUGGGAGCUGAGGGUGGGUCCAGGAUAAGUGAGCUGAGGAACUUGAAUAAUCUCCACGACGAACUAGCCAUAUUUGGACUAGAAAAUGUGACGAGGGUUGAGGAUGCAGAGGAAGCACAAUUGCAUAAGAAACACGGUCUGGAUGAAUUGCAUUUAAUAUGGAAUAAUGUUAAUCCUUGUAGUGGUAAAGAUGUGUCACAGCAGGAUGAGGUCAAUGAGAACACUAUAAGAGGCGUGGUAGAGCAGUUGAAGCCUCACACUUCCAUUAAAAAGUGUAAGUUAAAGGGGUACAGGGGAUUGACAUUGCCAGCUUGGUUGGGAGAUGUCUCUUUGAAGAACAUGGUUGACAUAAAGCUGGUGGGAUUGUACGAGAUGUGAAAGGUUGCCUCCACUAGGGCAGCUACCCUUAUUGACAUAUCUUAAGGUUGAAGGCAUGGAAGGUAUUAAGCAGGUAGGUGAGGAAUUUUAUGGUGCUCCCGAUUGUUCAUCAGUUCCUUUUAAGGCUUUGAGAGGUCUAUUCUUUAUGAAACUGAAAAAUUGGGAGAAGUGGGUGCACUCACCAGUUGACAAAAAUAGGGCAUUCCCCUGCCUUGAAGAUCUUUUAGUUGAGGAUUGUGAAUCACUGCAAGGUGAUCUACCUCCGCAUAUGCCUUCUCUCAAAAUACUGAAAAUCCAAAGGUGCGAGGAUCUGAGUAUCUCACUUCCAAGCCUUCCUUUGCUGGAGGAGUUGAAGGUAGACACAUGCAGAGUAUUGUCUACCACUGCAGAUAUCAUUUUCUGUUCAAAAACGAUGGAUCUUUGUUAUAUUUCGGAAAUUGUAGGCUUUCCUGGGUAUUGCCCUAUCUCUCGUGGAGAACUCCGCGUAAUUGGUUGCCCUUUUCUCAGUACUAUGAACCAGAUGCCCACAACAUUUCGACAGGUGAACAUUGAAAGGUCCGAUGAACUAAAGUCGGUGGAAUUCGAGAAAUCGACUUCCUCCAGUUGUCUUGAAAAAUUCGAGGUUGAGGAUUGUGAGUCUCUCGUUGCCAUUACGAAGAUCCCCUUGACGCUUCGAGAUUUGAAAAUUGAGAGUUGUGAGAGGCUAGAGGUUGUUGAAUUUCAAAAAUUAGGCUACUCAUCAUCAUCAUCAUCGUCAUCAUCAUCAUCAUCAGAUGAAGUUGCUUCCAUUUUCAUACAAGAUUCACUGUCACCACUUACACCAUCCCCACAAGCUCCAUCUCAACUCACCUAUCUCAUCAAAUUAACUAUUUGUAAUUGCCAAAGUCUCGUAUCAUUACCACCAAGUCUGCUCCUCCCAGCUUUAAAAGAACUUGAGUUAUGGGAUUGCAAAAAUAUGGAAGGUCUCCCCAGUGAGAUGCACAAUUCUACGUCUCUCCAACAUUUAGUCAUUCGAGGGUGUCCCAAAAUCCAAUGCUUUGCAGAAGGGGGUUUACCUAGAUACCUCAGGUAUCUUUAUAUUGAAGGAGUAAACAUAAAGCAACAACCAAUACAAGAGUCGGGAUUGCACCUUCUAACUUCUCUUCAAGAUCUAAUCCUGGUUGAUUGCCCGAAAUUCUGCUACUUUUCAAAAACAGGAUUUUUUCCUAGGAACCUAAGUAAGCUUUCAAUCAGUAACUAUAUAGAGAAAUCGAUACGAGAGUCAGGAUUGCACCUUCUAACUUCUCUUCAAGAUCUUAUACUUAAUAAUGUAGAUGACACAGUAGAGUGCAUCCCAGGUCCAGAUCUCUAUCUUCCCUCUUCCUUGUCUCAUUUAUGCAUCACGGGUUUAUCAAAUUUGAAAACCAUAUGUUGUUCCACCCUUCCCAACCUGACUAUAAUUCACAUCAAGUUUUGCCCCAAGUUUGAAUCCUUUGGUCACAAUGGCCUUCCUCCACAGAUUAAAGCUGUGACCAUUGAUGAAGGGUCUGACUUAAUAGAGCAGCAUUUGGAAAUAGAUCCCAAAGGCCGUAUACUUUUUAAAGAUGGCAGGUACUCGCUACGUUAAAACGGUGCCUCUCAGCCUCUGUCAAACUAUUUCAAUGUCUCAAUGGAGUUAGACAGUCUCAGAGUAUUGUGCUCGCUAUGAUGAUCAUUUCUAGUAUAGUAGUUCUUAUCCAUAUUGGCAUAUUCCAUUUUGUUGGGUUCAUAUAUUGAGACUCAGACUUGGGAUCUAAGAUAUUCUUAAGCAAAUAUUAUAUCAUUGGAUCCAUUUUUUUUUUGCUCCCAGUAUAUGCGAAGUUUUCCCCUGCUUGAUCAAAGAGUAAAAAUGGGUUCUCAAAGGAA